AUGACGUCAGGCCUCCUCUGCCUCCUCGCCCUUCCGUUCCUCCUUGGCCAGGCCACAGGGGAUUUGGAGCCCCUGAUCCCCAGAACCACCUCCAGCUCUUUCCCUGACCCUGUGUUGAGCUCCAGCUUCAUCCCUGGCUCCAGCUCCAACAACAGCUUUGGUCCCGGCCCUGGCUCCGUGACCCAGUCGCUUUCCAAUUUCACUGGAUUCGAGGAUGACCACGGCACCUGCCAGUGCUCUGUGACCCUCCCGGACACCACCUUUCCCGUGCAGAGAGUGGAACACUUGGAAGUCACGGCUCAUAUUCUCUCCCAGAAGUUCGAGAAAGAGCUUUCUAAAGUGAGGGAGUAUGUCCAGUUAAUCAGUGUGUAUGAAAAGAAGCUCUUCAACCUAACCGUCCGAGUAGAGAUCAUGGAAAAGGAUACCAUUUCUUACACUGAACUGGACUUUGAGCUGAUCAAGAUAGAAGUGAAGGAGAUGGAGAAACUAAUCACACAGCUGAAGGGCAGUGUCGUCGGAAGCACAACAAUUGUGGACCAGCUGGAAGUGGAGAUAAGGAAUAUGACUCUCCUGGUAGAGAAGCUGGAGACGCUAGACAAAAACAAUGUCCUUGCCAUUCGCCGAGAAAUCCUGGCUCUUAAGACCAGGCUAAAGGAAUGCGAAGCCUCUAAAGGUGAAAAUGUUCCUGUCACCCCACCUCCUCUUGCCCCUGGGAGCUGUGGCCAUGGCGGUGUGGUGAAUAUCAGCAAGCCGACCGUAGUUCAGCUCAACUGGAGAGGGUUUUCCUAUAAGUAUGGUGCCUGGGGUCGGGAUUACUCUCCCCAGCAUCCAGAAGGGGGGCUGUAUUGGGUGGCACCUUUGAAUACAGAUGGGAGAACUCUGGAAUAUUAUAGACUCCACAAUACACUGGAUGAUUUGCUAUUGUACAUAAAUGCCCGAGAUCUUCGGAUCAGCUAUGGCCAAGGCAGUGGUACAGCAGUUUAUAACAACUACAUGUAUGUCAACUGGUACAACACCGGGAACAUUGCCAAAAUUAACCUGAGUGACAACAGGGUUGAAGUGACUCAAGCUCUCCCUAAUGCUGCGUAUAAUAACCGCUUUUCGUAUGCUAAUGUUGGUUGGCAAGAUAUUGACUUGGCUGUGGAUGAGACUGGAUUGUGGGUGAUUUAUUCAACUGAAGCCAGCACUGGUAACAUGGUGAUUAGUAAACUCAAUGAUACCACACUCGUGGUGUUAAACACGUGGUACACCAGGCAGUAUAAACCAUCUAUGUCCAAUGCCUUCAUGGUGUGUGGGGUUCUGUAUGCCACCCGCACUCUGAACACCAAACAAGAAGAGAUUUUCUACUACUAUGACACAAACUCAGGGAAAGAGGGCAGACUAGACAUCACAAUGCGUAAGAUGCAGGAAAGAGUGCAGAGCAUUAACUAUCACCCUUUUGAGCAAAAACUUUUUGUCUAUAAUGAUGGUUACCUUCUGAAUUAUGAUCUGAUCUUUAACCAGGAACCCAAGUAA